AUGGGCCGCAGCGAUGACGAGAUGGGCGCCCCGUCGGAGGUCAACGCGCCCACGGAGGCACGGCGCAAUUUUGCGUCGAAGAGGCCAUCUCCAGGACCUCAUGGGCCGCCAGGGUCUGCGCAGGGCAUCGAGGUCCUCGUCUGCUUCUUGUGCCAGGAGGGCGGCAACCUCUGCGAGAGCUGGUUCGGCAAGUCGCUGCACCACCAGUGCAAGCUCGCCGUUCGCUCUCGCAGGCGCGCCGUCAUGGGCACUCCUGCGGCUCUCAGCGGCCAAGCCGACAUGAGCCGUGACCCCGAGAAGUGGCGCGCCACGCACUUGCCCUACCUGGGCAAGGACGCGCGCAGGGAGGCCAUCCAGGACUUCAAGACGACCCAGAAGCAGCAGGAGUCCAACAUGUCAGUCGACAGGGACCUCGCUGGGUGCGAAGACGUCUGGCUCACCAAGGUUCGCUACCGUGGCUUCAUGGGAUUCUGGGAAGGCCUGUCCAAAGAGGAGGCCGACGAGCGCUUCGACGCUGCGUUCGAUGCGAACCCGAAGUACAACAAGGGGAACCAGCAAGUCGUCCUCGCUGAGGGCAACGAGUACGUCAAGCACGAGGCGGGCACCGAGUCGAAGCGCGGGGUCGUGCAGGACACCCCGAUCGGCGAUGAGGACGACGACGAGGGAUACGAGGACGGCAUGGCCGAGACUCCCCGUGCUGCGAGUUCUGUGGCGGCGAGCAACUCUGGGGUCGAAAUGCUGCGCGCUCCUGCUCCCAGCCGUGUCGGUUGCCGCCGCGUGGUCUCCAGGGCAACCCCCGAGAUGCCUACCCAGCCAGCCCGCAAGAAGCUCGAGGCCAUUGAGUCUCCAGAGACGCUCGGCCCCCACGCGAAGCACCUGCGCGCCAAGAAGGCGCUCCAGGAGGCGGUGAAGGAGAUCGUGAAGGGCUUCGAGGGCAAGGCUACCACGCAUGCGCGCUUGACGAAGCUGGCAGAGAGGCACAAGGAGUACCCCGACUUGCCAGGGAACUUGAAGACUGUGGUGGAGAAGUUCGCGAGCAUCCAGAAGCAGGCGAAGCAGCUUGGCUUGAAAGCUGAGCGGGCUGGGUCCACUGGAGAUGGCUCUGCGGCGUCGUGCACUACGGAGCUGGAUUCCCUGAAGGUGGAGUUGGCCUCUUGCUGGGCCGACGCAACGGAGCUCGCGCAGUCCUUGGAUUUGAUCGACAAGGAAAUCCAGAGCACCAAGCGGAAGAGCUACCUGCAGGACCGCCACCAGUCUCAGAAGGCGACCAUGAUUGCUGACGAGGAGGGUGAUUACAGCGCCUACUGCUUGCAGCCCGUGUCCAGCUGCGGGAGCACCAUGGACGCGAACAUGAACGAGUUCGAUCCGACAAAGCUGUUCGCUUGGAAGACCCCGUUCGCCUCCUUCCAAGAUAUGGUGACUGACAUUCACGGCCCCAUCGAUGAGCGUUGCAUCAAGCUGAACGAAAAGAUGGCGGUCAACCGCGAUGCUUGGCCGGGGGCCCAAGCGAACGUGGACACCAAGAACGAUUACGGUGAUCACCUGAAGUUCCUUCCCGGCCUGGGGCCCCACCUGUGCUGCAUUGUCCGCAAUGCGUUGCGCUUGGGCGCGAUGGCCGUGCCACUGCCAGCUUUCAGUUGUUUCAUGUCCCUUUUGAAUGAGAGCAUGUUUGUGUUGAUGUAUGACGUUGCCGAGAUCAUCAGCCAAGGGAUUGUCUUGAAGGACAUCCUUACCUUCUUGAAGAGCUCCUCUGGCGAGGCCUUCUUGAAGUCCAAGCAUGCUGUUUGUGUGUAUCUUCCAAAGCAUUCUGUACUGUUUGUGCCCAGCGGUUUCUAUGUGCAGCCAGUCUUCUACCAUGCAGGCCCCAGGAAUCAGAAGAUUGAUCCCAAUUGGCUUCACUACCUGCACGUCCCUUUUUUGGACACUGAGGUCGCCAAGACCGUGGAUGCAGAUGUGUUCAAGGCGGCCUCUGCGUUGUCCACUGCGCAUUUGGCCCCGCUUCAGGCUUCGAUGUGGGUCGAGCGCAGGAAGGGGUUUUCCGAUUUUGUUCAGCAG